AUGUUGCCUUCAACGUAUCGUAGUUCGGAGUUAGUAAAUCAAGCUAACAAUGCACGCAUACAUGGCUCUUUCCAAGAUGCAUUGAAACUUGCAUAUGAAGCACUUCCUAUUGCUUUUCGUGAAUUAUAUGCAGAUU